AUGAAUAUUGAGGAAGAUGCUGCCUUCACACAUCAGCGAACCAGCCCUUCGAACACUAUCAAGCAGUACACAAGGUAUAAUAAUGAAACACAGCACGUGAACCAGUCACGAGUGCCGAUGGGAGUGAAGAACAGUUUUGGACACCAUCGGCCUCGAUGCGGUAUUUACCUCCUACUGCAAGAUGUAUACGCUGUCUUCUCCGAUGGAAAGAUCAUCAAUUUACAAAGGUUAGAACUAUCCGAGGCACCGAUGACAUCACGACAGAGUGCUCAGCAUGCUGUCAGGGAGGUCUAUGAGAAGCACCAAGGGCAGGCUCUAGUAAAGGCUGGGCCGAGCAAAGGUGCAGAAAGUGUUGCCCGCGGAUCGUGGAGUAGUAGCUUGGCUACAAGUUAUAACGCAAGCAGUAUUGAUCAUCCGCAUUUCGUUCAUCGCUAG